UUGGACAUUCUCUACAAAAGGUGGCAGUGCUUUAAAACAUUGGCGGUUGUUUAGGAAUAUUUCUCUGCUGCUCGAUAUUUUUGGAAUACAGCUGAAAGAGAAUGUCAUUUCCUAAGGCAAAAACAAAGCGUUUCAAUGAUGUUAACAAUGCUGCCCCAGGUCCUGGUGCAUAUGAUCCCAAUUUGCAUGAAAAAGUAAAAGGUUGUGCACCUAUUCAUGAUGGCAGAUUUAAAACCCCCAAAGAUGUGAUUCCUGGACCUGGAGCCUUUGAUAGCAGCACCUGCAGCAUAGGGACGCCAGCCAAGAAACUCUUUGGUGGACUUGGCAGUAGCAAGAAAAGUUUUUCUGUACAAGAUCUUUCUAAACAAAGAGACCUGGAGAGAGAGAUUAAAAAACUUCUCAAGGAGAGGGCGACACAAGACAAGACGCUGGCAAAUAAGGAGGAGGAGAUAACUCGUCUGGAUGGGAAACUUCAGGCAGCGUAUAAAGACAGGAGUGGGUUGCAAGCUCAGGUGGCAGUGUUAGAAAAGGAGCUGAAGGAAGUAAACAAGGGAAAUGAGAUUCUUAAAGCUAAGGUUAAUGCAAGUGACAGUUCCAACAAGCGCCAGCACACUUUGAAGGAUGAGCUGACCAGUCUGCAUGUCCAGUUGUCCAAGAAGGACCAAGAGGUCGCUGACCUGCAGAAUGACCUCGAUGUGAUGACCAAAACAAUGCAGGCAGAUCUCGAGGCUUCUCGGGCAAAUGUGGCUGCCUUAGAAGAAAGGAAUAGGGCAUUAGAGCAGUCCAAUGAAGAAAUUAUGGCACACUCUGAAGAGAUUGAGGAACAAGUAACUCAGCUACACAUUGUCUCAGACAAACUCCGGGCAGAAAACCUCAGUCUUCAGCAGCAAUUGGCCCAAGCCUGCCUUGGCAUUCAGGAACUCCAAAGGGAAGUAGAGACAGUCGUGGCAGACUCGAAGAGAAAGAUCCAAGAUCUCAGCCUGCAGUUGGAGAGGGAGAGGGCACUGGCACAUCGUCUUACCCUCACACAGGAGAAUCUCAACAGUAAAGAACAAUGUAAUGAGAAGCUGCAGGAAUAUAGGGAUUCCUUGCUGGACAAAAUAGAGUACCUGGAGUCCAAGACACGUCAACUCCAAGUUCAGAAGAUGGAGGAUGAAGAGAUUAUAAGAUCUCUGAAGGGAGAGGUUUUUGUUAAUGAAGAUUAUCUAAAACAAGAAGAGGAAUCUCUGAAUGAUGCUGCUGCUGAAUUGAAGAGUUUGAGGAAGGAAGUUGCAGACUUAAAGGCGUCAGAGGCAUUGCUGAACCACAAUAUCAGAGCCAUCACGGACAAAUAUCAGCUUUUAGAGAAAGACCUAGAGACCGUGGACAAGGAGUCUGCCAGGACAGAGUCCACUCUCAGGGCAGAGCUGGCCACCACAAAGGCACACCUUGAACAUGUGAAGGAGGAGAGAGAGACCUACAAAAAGAACAAUAUGGAUGCUCUGAGGCAGUUCCAUCAUGAACAGGAAGAGAAAGAGCAAUCACAACAAGAGCUUCAAUCACUGGAGAAAAAGCAUGAAGCUUUACAAAAAGAAAUGGAAGAACUUCAAGCUGUGCACUGUAACCUAGAGUCCACAAUGAAGAACCAGGCAGCAACUUUAGAGUCUUUGACCCAAGAGAAAAUGAAGCUGGAAGAUGCAGUGGUUUCUAUGAAAAAGGAGCUGACAAGUGCCAUCGAGGAGCACAAUGCUGAGAGCAGACAGCUUCAGGAGAAUCUGACGGAAAAAUACCUCAGCAUAGCUCAGCUGGAGGAAGACUUGCAGAAACAUAAGACACUUGCCAGUGAGCUGGAAUUGGCCAAGGUGGAACUGGAAGCAAAACUGGUUGAAGCCUAUGGAGAGCUGGAGACCAUUAUUGACCAGAAUGAAUCUGAGGAACAUGAUCUGCAGGAAGAGAUCACCAGGUGCAAGAGCAGGAUACAACACCUUGAGUUGGAUCACACCUCCAGGGCAGCGGAGGCCAGUGACCUCAAGGGCAAGUGCGCUGACCUGGCCGACCUUGUGGACAGUCUGAAGACUGGCAAUAGGACCCUGAAGGACACGUGUGCAGGACUAGAGGAGGAACUUGUGCAGUCGAAAGCUCUGGUUGCUGAAAUGGAAGGAAAAGUGAGACAGUGCGAGGAGGAGAUUGUGUUGGCGAGAAAGGAAGUGCAGGAUAAGACAACAGAGGAGAAACAGCUUGAGGAGAAGAUUCAGGAGAAGGAAGGCCUGGUGGAAAGGUUGAAGACUGAUGUGAAGAGAAAACAAGAGAAGAUUGACAGCCUUUUGGAGAUGAAUGAAAAGAUGGCCAACAAGUUGGGAGAACAGAGCAAAGCUGCAGCACAGAGAAAUAAACUACAGGAAGAACUAGAAAGUGUAAAAUCCCAAUAUGAAGGAAAGGUAGCCAGUUUGCAGUCAGAGUUGGAGCAGUCACGUGCCGAGUGUGAAGCGGCCAACGUACGGUGCGAUGAGGUUGCGGAGGAACUGAAGACGCAGUAUUCUUCGCUGGAGGAGAGGAGCAGCAAGACACAGGAGGAGUACAGCAGGAGGCUGGUGGAGACACAGAAAAGACUCUCCAUGAUGCACACAGAGUUUUGCAAGUUCAAGGCAGAUAGAGAGGAAAAAAUCAGCAAGCUUGAAGAAACAAUUCUUAAUCAGAGAACAGAAUUCAGUGCCCAGAUGGAAGAAUUGAGGUCUGAGAUGCAGAAUGACCAACAGAGUGACCACACAGAGGAGCUGACCUACUGGACAGAGGAGGCCCACAGAUGGCAAGUCAAGUUUGAAGAGUUGCAGAAGAAAGUGUUACCCUUUCAGGAGCAGCUGGAUAUGUAUGAGGCUGAGAGACAAGCUCUACAAGGACAAAAUAAGGAUGCUUUCCAGGAAAUUGAUAAACUGGGGAAGGAGUACGCCCGUCUGCUUGGGCAUCAGAACCAAAAACAGAAGAUAAGGCAUGUUGUGAAGAUGAAAGAAGAAAAUACUCAUCUGAAGCAGGAAAUAGGAAAACUCAGAGAAGAAAAACUGAAACACCAGAAAACUGUCCAAAGACUAGAGGAAAGGUUGGCUGCUGUUGAAGGCAAAAAACGUUUUGACCCUAGUAAAGCUUUUUCACAUGCGAAGGAAAACCAAAUGCCGGCAAGGACACCUUUAAAAGAAGGGAACAAGAGAUGACAUUGCCGAGUUAGAUAGAAGAAGCUUCUUAUGGGCAGCAAAAAAAAAAUAAUAAUAAUAAUAAUGGAUGGUUGACAAGUAUUGAAAGUACACAAGAACAUAUUAUGCUCAUGAAAACUUGGUUGUCAACUCCAAAGAUUUGACACAAAGUAAAUAUAAUCUGCCAUUGGAGGGUAUAAGCAUAGAGGAAUAUGUAAUAACUCCAACAAACUAGGUGAUGCUGUACAUUUUAGUCAUUUAAGACUGUGGUUCAUGAAAUGUUUCUACUUUUUAAGUGUAUGUUUCUUUUAAAAUGUUACCAGGGACUUAUGAUAAGUUAGUUCAUUGUACAAAGUUAUAUUGAUAUGCAGUCCUUGAAAAAAAUGUUCUUGAAAAGAGUUGACAUGAUCUUAAUCAGGUUAGUUUUUCAAUGUGGGUUUGCUUUUUAUGAAUUUGGUAAAGCAUAACAGAUAUAGUGACAUUGAGAAGAUACUCAGGGUGAUUGUAAUUCAGCAGAGGAGAAAGAGAGGAGAGCAGUUUGAUGUGAAGGAAGAUCUUUUCUGCAGCAGCAACUUAACACGCACACUAGAUUGUCAAUUUUAUGUUGGCCAAUAUUUUUUAAGGUGUUACCAAAGUGCAGAAAAGGAGAUAUUUUUGAAGAAACUUCAA